AUGUCGCUCCUGAACCAUCCUGAGCGCGCUGCGGCGUACCGCACCCCUUCGUUGAGCGAUGCUACUAGCUGGCGCGCUCGUGUGGCAUAUACUUUGCGUACCGUAACUCACCAUGUCAGCAAGCAUGUGGGGGUAGGUAUCAUCUGUUCGGUAGCCUAUUUCGACCCCGGUAAUUGGAGCGUCGACCUCCAAGCCGGAUCUCUCUUUGGAUAUCGCCCCAUGCUCUUUGUGAUCCUGAUGGCAGGUCUUGGAGCGAUGGUAUUGCAGUCUCUUGCAUUCAAACUGGGCUGCGUCACCGGUUUAGACCUGGCUUCCCAUUGUAGAGUGCUCCUGCAUGACCGCCCAAGAUACAAAUAUCUGAUUCGCUACGGAGUGCUAUACCCACUCUACGUGCUCUCCGAAAUCGCCAUAGUCAGCACCGAUCUAGCGGAACUUCUGGGUUCGGCGAUCGGCCUAUGCUUAUUGUUCCCAGCUCUUCCACUGUGGGCCGCGGUCAUCAUCACUGCAUCCGAUGUCCUGAUUUUCUUGAUCAUCGGGGAUCCUUCUCGUGGUCACGGUCGCCCUGUCAAGCUCUUUGAAUAUACAGUGAUGGCGCUCGUGGCAGUUGUCUUCAUAUGCUUUGUUGUGCUCUUGGUCCGGGUCGAACCUGAUUGGCCGCAAGCCUUCUUGGGCUACAUCCCCUCCAAAGCGCUCUUCGAGAGAAAGCCUGAUGCAUUAUACACUGCUGUGGGGAUACUCGGUGCUACGGUCAUGCCGCACGCGCUCUUCUUGGGGUCCUACCUUGCAACGCAAGACAGGAUUAGUUCCGAAUCAGUCCUUCCUGACCCUGCAACGUCGUCAGGACCCUCAAACCUUCGGGGCAGACUUGGCGCCUGGCUCCAAUCUCUCUUUACAGUAUCGCGUGCUGAGCGCAUAGCCGCCUCGAGGACUUAUCGGGACAAAUACGGUCGCGAGAAUAACGAGCUUGAUUUCAUCCGGGCUCACCUUCCUCACGGACUUGUGGAUGUGAUCACGAGCUUAUUGGCCGUUGCCGUGCCAAUUAAUUCAGCCAUUCUCGUGAUAGCGGCAACGGUCUUCUUUAGGGACGGAACAUCAAUGAGAAAUACACCAGCAGACCUCUUCGAUGCCCAUGAUCUGAUCAAGGAGCACAUUGGCAAAGCGGCUGCGUUUGUGUUCGCUCUCGCGCUCCUCUGUGCCGGGCAAACUGCCAGUAUCACGGCAACUCUCGCCGGCCAGAUCGUCUCCGAGGGCUUCAUCGAAUGGCGGAUUUCUCCAUUCCUCCGACGUAUCGUCACUAGACUCAUCGGUCUGAUACCGUCUGUCGUGGUCGCCAUAGCCGUGGGACGACCCGGCAUAGACACUCUCCUCGUCGCAUCCCAGGUGGCCUUGGCCAUCGUACUUCCUUUCGUUGCAGCGCCUCUCAUCUGGCUGGCGUCGUCCAAGUCCGUGAUGUCCGUGAGGAAGCCAGCGGCUAACACACAAGACCCCGGCCUGUCGACCCCCGAAGCGUCUCCGGCGAUGCUGACCCCAGACGCUGCGCCAUCACGCCAGGAUGUCAAUGUCAUCGAAGAAGUGUACCUGCCCACGGAGCACAGUCUAGGUUCGCUCAAGGAGAAACAUGUCACAGUGUUGGUUGAGAAGCACGAGCACAGGUUGGAUGAUAUUGAAGAGAUCUCGUUCGAUGAGGAAGCCCAUGUCUCAUUUGCGACUGGUUGGGUAGUUACUAGCCUUGCAUAUCUCACCUUCUUCAUCAUAUUGGCAGCUAAUAUGUACGCGAUCGUGAUGCUUGCUAUGGGUAGAACGGGCUGA